AUGGCUGGGCGAGGAGUGGCUGACAAUGGCAGGGAGAGGCUGGGAUGGGAGUGGCUAGGAAUGGUUGGGGGAAAAGUGACUGUGAAUGGCAGGGAAAGGAGUGGCUGGGAAUGGCUGGAAGAGGAGAGGCUAAAAAUGGCUCCACUCCUCUCCCAGUCAUUCCCAGCCAUUCCAUUCCCAACCACUCCUCCCCCAGCCAUUCCCAGACACAGCCCUCCCAGCCGUUACCAGCCAUUCCUCUCCCAACCAUUACCAGAUACUCCUCUCGCAGCCAAUUCCAGACACUCCCCUAACAGCCAUUCCCAGCCACUCCUCUCCCAGUCUCUCCCAGCUACUUCUCCCUCAGCCAUUCCCAGCAACUCCUUCCCUAGUCAUUCCCAGCCACUCCUUUCCCAGCCACUUCUCUCCCAGCCACUAAUCUCCAAUUCCAGACACUCCCCUAACAACCAUUCCCAGCCACUCCUCUCCCAGCCAUUCCUAACCAAUGCCCUCACAGUCUCUCCCAUCCCCAUCUCCCCCAGCCAUUUCCACCCACUGCCCUCCCUGCCUCUCAAAGCCACUCCUACCCCGGACACACAAAGGCUCUCCCAGCCAUUCCCAGCCUCUCCUAGCCACUCCCAGCUUCUCUCACAGCUAUUCCCAGCCAUUCCCCUCUCAGCCAUUCCCUGCCACUCCAGAUUCAGCUAUUCCCAGUCACUCCUCUCCCAGACAUUCCCAGCCACACCUCUUUCAGCUAUUCCCAGCUACUUCUCCCCCAGCCAUUCUCAGCCAGUCCCCUCCCACCCUCUCCUCCCCCAGCCAUCCCCAGCCGCUCCAUUCCCAGCCACUCCUCCCACAGCCAUUCCCAGCCUCUCCCAGUCGCUCCUCUCCCAGCCAUUCCUUGUUACUCCUCUUCCAGCCAAUGCCAGCCAUUCCUCUCACAGCCAUUCCCAGCCACUCCUCUCCCAGCCAUUGCUAACCACUCCUUUCCCAGACACUUCUACUCCAGCCAUUCCCAGCCACUCCCCUCCCUGCCCCUCCCAGCCAUUCUUCCCCCAACCAUUCCCAGCCUCUCUUAGCCACUCCUCUCCCAACCAUUCCCAGCCACUCCUUUCCCAGCCAUUCAUAGCCAAUCACAGCCACUACUUUCCCAGCCAUUCCCAGUUACUUAUCUCCCUGCCAGUCCUCUCCCAUGCAGUCAUUCCCAGCAACACAUCUCCCAGCCUCUUCGAGCCAAUCCCAGCCAUUCCCAGCCACUCCUCUCCCAGCCAUUCCUCUCCCAGCUAUUGCCAGCCAUCCCUCUACUAG